CAAGCAGUGCGGGAGGGGGGCGGCCCUGCGGGGCGGGGCGGUGCCGUGCCGCGAGUACCCGCCGCCCGAGCCCGGGUCCUGGAUGGGGCGCGGCGAGUAGAGCGGCGCCUGGGGCUCGCGGCCGUGUCGCUGCCAGCACCGCGCGCAGCUGGUGCUGAGCACGGCGGCGGCUCCGGCUCCCGGGCGAGACCAGGCCUGGCCGGUCCUGCGCGUGGGCCGCGCGCGCGCCCGAGAGGGAGGCCGCUGAGGUGCGCGCCGGGGCGGGCGCGGGCGCGGCGGCGGCGAAGGCGGCCGAGCGGGGGGCGGGGCCGCGGCGCCUGCAGAACCUUGGACAGAAGCUCCGGAGCCGCCGCCGCCACCGCCGCCGCCGAGCGCGAGCCCCGCCGAGCCCCACCGAGCGCCGGGACCGCGGCGUCGAGCCGCGGCGCGCAUUGCGGAGGGUGCAGAGCGCAGGAGCCACCUGCUCGAUCCGAAGGGGCGGCACGCGACCCCGGGAGCGCCCCGGCCUCCCCGUGGCCGCCUCGGGCUCGGUGAGCUGUUUCGUCCCUCCGGCCGGCAGGCUGGGCGCGCAGGGGCGCAGGUCCCCGCCCGGCGCGCAGCGGCACCAUGGGCACGGUGCUGUCCCUGUCCCCCAGCUACCGGAAGGCCACGCUGUUUGAGGAUGGCGCGGCCACGGUGGGCCACUACACGGCCGUGCAGAACAGCAAGAACGCCAAGGACAAGAACCUGAAGCGGCACUCCAUCAUCUCCGUGCUGCCUUGGAAGAGGAUCGUGGCCGUGUCGGCCAAGAAGAAGAACUCCAAGAAGGUGCAGCCCAACAGCAGCUACCAGAACAACAUCACGCACCUCAACAAUGAGAACCUGAAGAAGUCGCUGUCGUGCGCCAACCUGUCCACGUUCGCCCAGCCCCCACCGGCGCAGCCGCCCGCACCCCCUGCCAGCCAGCUCUCGGGCUCCCAGACGGGGGUCUCCUCCUCCGUCAAGAAGGCCCCGCAUCCUGCCGUCACCUCCGCAGGGACGCCCAAACGGGUCAUCGUCCAGGCAUCCACCAGCGAGCUGCUGCGCUGCCUGGGUGAGUUUCUCUGUCGCCGGUGCUACCGCCUGAAGCACCUGUCCCCCACGGACCCUGUGCUCUGGCUGCGCAGCGUGGACCGCUCGCUGCUCCUGCAGGGCUGGCAGGACCAGGGCUUCAUCACGCCCGCCAACGUGGUCUUCCUUUACAUGCUCUGCCGGGAUGUCAUCUCCUCCGAGGUGGGCUCCGACCACGAGCUCCAGGCCGUCCUGCUGACCUGCCUGUACCUCUCCUACUCCUACAUGGGCAAUGAGAUCUCCUACCCGCUCAAGCCCUUCCUGGUGGAGAGCUGCAAGGAGGCCUUUUGGGACCGCUGCCUCUCCGUCAUCAACCUCAUGAGCUCCAAGAUGCUGCAGAUCAACGCCGACCCCCACUACUUCACACAGGUGUUCUCCGACCUGAAGAACGAGAGUGGCCAGGAGGACAAGAAGCGGCUCCUCCUAGGGCUGGACCGGUGAGCCCGCUAGCCUGCAUCACGGCUCAAGGAUUCAAUUCAUUUUUAAAAAUUUAUUAUUAAAUCAGAUUUUGUGUACAGUAUGUGUCUAGCGAAGCCACCAAGGGCCUCUCCCUUCCCACCUUCUCUCCUUGGGGUUUUCUUCAGCCCUGCCAAGAACUCUGGAUGCUUUUGAACUCCCGAACCUUGUGCAAAAUUCAGAAGAUGUAUUCAGAACCACCCUGGCUCCUGAUCUCUCACUUUGGGGAAUUCAAAGGACUGACCUGCCUCUGCCGCCUGUGCUCUCGCUGGACCAAGGCAGGGGAGGCUGCCCUCUGCUCCCCACAGCCAGGCAGCCCAGAGAGGAAUUGGAGUUUCUGGUUGGAGGCCCUUUUUCGGGUCCCGUUUUGGGUCCUCCGUUCUCCCAGAGGCUCCUGGAGCCAGCCACCCUGACCGAGCCGCAUGUGGGGCCGUGAGGCAAGAUGCCCGUGGCCCUGGGACAGCCUCUUCAAUUGCGGGGAAGCCGGCCUGGUGCAAAGAUGGUGUCCUGUCGUUUGACCAUGCACGCCCCUGGUUUGCUCUUUUUUCUUUUUUAGGGAGAAGGGCUUUCCUUUCGUGGAGAUGUGGAACUCGCCCCCCUCCCCCUGCUCCCAGCGGUGUUGGCAGUGUUGGUUAACGAGCUGGUUUGACUCAUUAAGUUCUUUCAUUUUGGGUCCCAGCUCUAAAGGGGUGGGGUGAAGCUGGGGACAACUCCUUUCCUGGGUGAAUUUUUCAUUUGAAUCAUGCAGCUUAGUCACCCUGUGUUGAAGGCCAGGACAGCUUCAGGUGCCCAUUGUCAACAGCCUGCCUUCUGGGCAGGUGGGGUUGCUAUGCCUGGGACUGAGCCGGUGCCCACCUAAGGGCUAAGGCCUCUUGCUGAUGCACGUGACGUUUGUCCUGCAGAGCUGCGGGGGGGUGGGGGUUGAUGUCAGGGAUCAGGGUGAUGUGGUAGUGGUAGUGAGGUACCCCCGCCCUCACCCCUGUUGAUUUAAAGCUGUUCCCAAACAGUUCAGUUUCUUCUGAAGGUGAAGCCUUGUCCCGAAAGGCCCAGUGAGACAGCUGGAUCUUGGAGACAAUUACAAGACGGGAGCAGCACUCCUGAUUGCCUGCUGAUUCUACAACUGAUCAUUUGCAGCUGCUGGUUUUGGUUUCCACCUUAGCCUGGUUGGUGGCUGUAAAAACACAUGAUGUGUACUUAAUCAAUUUUCUUUCUAAUUCUCCCAGAUCGGUGGCUUGGGGCUUGGGAGAGGACCAAGAGAAGGGAGCAAGUCUUCCUCUGUCCCUUCGGCUUUGGGGAACAAAGACUGAUGUGAAGAUGCUACAGAGAAUUCUCUCUUCCAGUCCUGCUCCCCCAGGGGGUGCUGGAAGGAGAGGCUGGGGGGAGGCAGGGGGCUGUUUUACAUAGGAUUAGCUUCCAGGUGGCUGCCGAUUUCAGCAGAAGCACUACUGAAAUUCACAGAAAAAAGAAAAAGCUGUGAAAUUGAGGUCCCGAUUUAAUAGGCCCGGAGCCGAGCCUGCGGGCCCGUGGUGCUCCCGAGGAAGAGGGCCUGCCCGAGCGGGAGAGCAUUGGCCGCAGCUGCGCCCCGAGGCCCACGCUGAGCCUUUCUCGGCCCGUCAGCCAGAUAACCUGCCGCGGGGCUGGAAGGAGCCCGGGGCUGCUGGCGCGGACCUCGCCGCGGCGUCUCUUCUCUGCUGGAGUUGCCACCCAGCCCGUCUGUGCAGAUCCUGCUGCCAUGUGUGACCUGAGGUAGGAGGCCCGUGGGGGCAGCGGGCCCUGGCGGCACACGAGAGGGGGGUCCGGGUGCCGACUCUGAAGAGCAGGGGCGUGGGUCUGUAGUCGCUCCUUCGCGGGCUGCGCUGGGCCUGAAACUGCGGGAAGGCGCAUCCGCAGGAUUCCAGUUUUGUGUGUUUCCUUCUCUCUCUCUCCGUAUUUAUUUUUUUAAGUUUUGGAGGCGGUGCAAAUUUCAGGAGUGGUUGGGGACUAAGGAAAGAACUCUCUAGUUCCAUCAAUAUGAAGCCUGGUGGGGUCUCCUCCCUCCCUUGCACUGGUCAUCAGUAUUGUGUAAAGGAACUGAUAUACUUGAGUGUGCAAGCAAUGAACCCAUUUGACAUGCUGCUAUGAAGACUACUUUUAGAACAAUUAAAAAAAAAAAAAAGGAAAAAACUAACCUACAAAAAAAAAAACCUUUAUUCUUUCAUUGUUGCUUUUACAGUGAUAUUGUGCAUGCAAACCAGGAGCAUUUUGUGUCUUAAGAAAAAUAAUCUUAGAACAGAUGGCUGUGAAAACUACACCCGUGCACAGAACAAGUCACAGGAAUAAUAGUUCAGGAUUUGGUUUUUCUCUUUUUCUUGUAAACCUGAAGGGUUGAUAUAUUCUUUCCAUGCAGUUAUUAGAACUUAGUUUUGUUCCAGCAGUUGUUAAACUUGCAAUGAAAAGAAAAUGUGCCAUUUUUUUUCACUCAGAAUUAUUCAUAGCUGUAUAUUUGAAACUGCUAAUUACACACGUGCGAUGUAUGUUGGUUUUUUAGUGCAAUUUCUUCUGUAGCUAUUCUUUGACCAAACUGUGGGUGUUGUUAAUAUUAAUUUAUAUUUGUCUCAUUUUGUAUGUAUGCGUAGCGUGUUUGUAUGUGUGGUUUAUAAUCUGACAAGGUCAUGAAGCUCAGUUUGGCUGUAAUUUAAUUCCCCUUCCCUUAUUUUUAUUUAUUUUUGUACUGUGCUGAGUAAAUAAAAUGCACUGACCAUCCAU